AUGGAAGGCUCAACCCGACCGCGGCGGCGAAGCAUGACUGAUGCCUUCUUCUUCGUCCGAAACCCGGACGCUGCCAACGUCGCUCGCGGUGAUCUCGUCAGCAUGCUCGAAGAAAUGCGGCAGCGCGAGGCCCAUCUCGACGGCUUCGCGAGCUCACUUCCCAAGCUGAGCGAGAGCGACCUUGCCGCCCUCGGACAUUCCGACUCGACGUGCCCGAUCUGCCUCACGUCACUCCUUGCUAUCCUUUCCGAGGAGGAAAUGGCCUCUGUAAUGGACUCGCCCGCGCACCCCGUCGAAGAGCUCGGUGUGACCCGCCUCGCCCAGACCUGUGGUCACAUCUUCUGCCGUAAAGACAUCCGUGGAUGGCUGUUCCAAGGCAACACGACGUGCCCGACGUGCCGCACGCCGUUCAUCGAGCCCCCCGCUGCGUCCACCGCCUCCAGCGACGGUGGCGAGGGCGGCGCCACCGGCUCAGGACCGGGGCUGGGGGCGAUGCCCCCGGAGGCGUCGCUCGCGGCGUUCAUGGACCUCCAGUACGAUAUUGCACACGCUUUCGGGGUGAUGCACCCGGACGGCCGCGCAGGGGGUCGCGAAGCAGGGGGAGAGAGCACGCGAGCCGAUUACGAUGACGACAGGAGCGAGUUCUCAUCGAUGUAUUCGUGA